AUGGACCGCCCACACGCUCAAGCUCAUCCUCAUCCACAUCGCUACCCCUCCCACUCCAAGCCAAUACACUACAACAGGGUGCCCAUUGGCGGGCCGGAUCGCCCUCCUGUGACCCAGUCCCCCAGCCCAGGCACCAUCUACGCGUCGCCCUCGGGCGGCAGGGAAUCCUCCUCCUACCCCAUACCGAGUAAUGGCUCUCCUAAGCGAGAGCUCGGCAGCCCAGAUAUUAAGAGGGAGUCCGGGGCCCGGGAUGACUCGGACCAGACUGCCGACCGCUCGAGCAUAGCCACCCGCCGGAGCUCCACUGCCUACCCCGACGUCAGCAACGAGGAACUAAAGCCCGAGGAUGCGGCUGAUGAGCCCCAGAGGAAGAAGCAGAAACGAAACAAGCCGACGCUGUCGUGUUUCGAGUGCGUUGAGAGGAAGACAAAGUGUGACCGAGGCAGACCUCAUUGUCUGGCCUGCAUAAAACGUCAGACUGAGUGCAAGUAUGCCCACGUCGCCAACCUCCUCGAGGAGACCUCACGGUCACUUUCCAGCGGCCGACGGAUGACCAAGCCGCCCAAGAAGAAAUCAGGCCCGCCAGGAGACCCCAGGUCGCCCAUACCAAACAUCGCUGACCGUGGCGUGCUGUCCACCACCAACCAUCUCUCCAAAGCCGCCGUCGCCCUGUCCACCGGCCUGCUCUCCACCGUGCCCUACUCCCUCGGGACAGGGUCAAAUGUAUUCGGCGUGGGCUCAGCGCACCCAUUCGUGAACGUCUGGAGCUGUGAAGGGCAACUGAACGAGGUCGUCGCCAUGAUGCCCAGCAAGCUGCAGUGCGACAUGCUCAUAAGCCGAUACUUUGAGUGCGUCGACCCCGUGUAUCCCAUGCUCGACCAGCGGUCUUUCCUCGAGGACUACGAACACUUCUGGUCCCUUCCGGAGGAGAAGAAGUACCAGUCUGAUGCGGCCUUUGUCGCGCUGAUCAUGGUUAUGCUGGCGCUCGGCACGCAGUUCCUCCAGAGCGGCCUGACCACCACUGCCGACAGGGCCGACGCCGCCGAGAUGCACGCCUCUGCGAGCAACCAGGCCCUGCGCAUGAGCUCCUACCUCAGCACCGCCUCCAUCAGAUCCAUACAGACCAUGGUGCUGCUGGUCUACUUCCUCAUCAACGACAACCACGCCUCGGACGGCUGGGCCUUCGCCGGCAUCCUGAUGAGGCAGGCCUACGCCAUGGGCCUCCACCGCGACCCCAACAUCGUCACGCCGGGCGCGACCCCGGCCCAGAAGCAGGAGCGGCGCAAGGUGUGGCAGGCCGUGCUCCUGCAGGACACGUUCCUCACGGUGCUCCUCUCGCUGCCGCCCAACGCCACGCACACCGACGUCCACGUGGACGACAUGGCGGACGAGGCCCCCGGGUACACAGCAGUCAACGCCUCCGUCUCGACGGACCUGGCGUACAUCCGCGGGUCGUGGACGCUGGCGAACCUAGUACAGGAGAGCAUCUGCUCCCCGCGCUGCCUGGACAUGCCCAUCUGCGCAACCCCCCGCCACAAGACGAAGCUGGUGGCCGACUUCCGGGCGGUGUACCGCUCCUUCCCGGACACGUUCCGCUCGUGGGACGCCGAGAGCCUGGCGGCCCUGGCGCGGACCAACGGGCGCGCGGCGCGCCAGACGCUGUGGCUGACGAGCAACUACUUCCACAACGCGAUGCUCGUGCACGCGUCCGAGUCGCCCGACGUCCCCGUCAACGUGCGCGCCACCCUCGAGGCCGCGCACGACGCCAUCAAUGCGUUCUUCAUGCUGCACGCGCUCUUCGAGGCCGAGGCCCGCACCUGGUGGGUGUUCAACCACCGCGCCUUCCUCGAGGCCCUCUGCAUCGGGAGCGUCCUCCGCGAGACGGCCGGCGAGCCCGGCGGCGAGGAGGUCGUGAACAAGGACCAGCUCUUUGUCCGGGGCCGUGGGGAUAUCGCCCGCCUGGUGCACAUCAUGACGCGCAUGGGAGAAGGCGAGGACGGAUCCGAGGUCGCCCGGACAAGGGCGCAGGUGCUGAGCGAGUUCCUCUGA